AUGGCUAGCAGUAGGGUCGCCCACGCUACUUUGAAAGGACCGAAUGCGGUGAAGGAGAUAGUUAUUGGAAUCGUGCUUGGUUGUGCAGCAGGUAGCGUAUGGACGAUGCAUCACUGGAACGAGCAGAGAAAAGUUCGGGCAUUUAUGACUUGUUGGAUAAAGGCGAGAUCACUGUGGUUGCUGCAGAUGAAUAAAUAUUCCACAGCUGUUCCACCUCGCCUAACCCUCUCCUUAACUCUCUGCAUAUCUGUAUCUAUAUACUAUAUAGACCUACCAAGAUUUACCACAGCCUCCGCUGUCCAUUAUCCCAUACACUCUCUCCCUCCUCAAUUCACCACCACCUCCGCCGCUCUCUCAUCCACCCCUUUCCUCAUCGAUGCCGCCACUGGCCAUCGCCUCACAUACAUCGCCUCCCUUGAACAAAUCCACUCUAUCUCUCUGUUACUGCAUUUUGCUAUCUUGUUGCUGCAAUUGCUAUGCAAUGGAAUGGAUGAAAAUGCUGUUGGUACCUGUGCUGAACUCAUAUUUGCCCCAAUUGAUGCCUCUCUUGCUGGUGAUGCUCCUCUUCUGCCUUCUGGUUUUCGUAUAAUUCUUCUUGAUUUGUGCAAGGAAAACUCCAGUCCAAGUCGCACCCUGGACUCGCUUCUGCUCUUGAAACUAAGACAACAGGAAAUAAAAGCAUCAAUUGGUGAUGCUGUUAUCAGUGGUGCUACCAGAUCUGUAAUGCCGAUUGCAUUUCAAUUUGCAUUUGAAAGCCAGAUGCAAGAAAAAUUUACAACAUUGGCCCAACAUGUAUGUAGCAUCAUAUCAUCAGUUCAGCGGUUGACAUUAGCACUUUCUCCAUCUCAUCUAGGCACCCACGGCGGUCUUGGAUCACCAUGUGGAACUCCUGAAGCUCAUGUUCUUGCUCGUUGGAUUUGCCAAAGUUACAGGUAA